UCAUGCUGCUGCCAGGUCCAGAGUCUCUCAUGGGUCCCUGUACGGCCUCCCAUUGCUGCUGUCUCCAUCGCCACACUCUGCCAUGUGCCACUUUCAGGUCUCCUCACACUGCUGGUGUGUUUCCAUUUUUUGUCAUAGGGUGCUGGCAGAUUACGGGCCUCCCAUAGCUGCUGCCAGGCCCCUAAUCUGCCAUGGGCCCCUAUAAACCGCCUCCUCAUGCUGCUGCCAAGUCCAGAGUCUGUCAUGGGUCCCUGUACGGCCUCCCAUUGCGGCUGUCUCCAUCGCCACACUUGCCUGCCACACCUUUAUUUCU